CCGUGAGUCUGAUCCCAAGGUUUCCAAAACAUCUUGACGAAGACAUUCCAUCCGUCAAAAAAGAACGGAAUUACAUCAUACUCCUAAUAUAUAAAAUAAAAUCUUCACUUCUAUCACUUUUUCGUAAUUUUGCAGAUCCGAUCCUCUUUCAGACAUCCUCUCUCCCUCUCGCUUUCGGGAUCUCUUCACAUUCCCAAUGGAUUGGCAAGGGCAGAAACUGGCGGAGCUAUGGAUGCAGGUACUGCUGAUAGUUUUCGCUGUGGUGGCUUUCGCUAUCGGUUAUAUUACGGGAUCGUUUCGAACAAUGAUGCUAAUUUACGCCGGUGGAGUGGUUUUCACCUCACUUGUUACUGUCCCUAAUUGGCCUUUCUUCAAUCGCCAUCCUCUCAAGUGGUUGGACCCAAGCGAAGCCGAGAAGCACCCUAAGCCACAGCAGCAGGCUGUGGCUUCCAAGGACAAGAAGAAAUCAUCCAAGAAGUAGGUUUUUUUUAUUGAUUUUGACUGGUUUUGUAGUCUUAGCAUUUGUUUGCUAGGGUUUUUAAUUGGUCAAAUGAAUUGAUGAGAUGAAAUGUUAUUUGAUGAAUUGGAUGAUAUAAUAACUUUGCUUUGCUAUUAAUUUAGACCUCUUGGACAAUUA